GAGCAUGGCGGCUCUCACCAUCAUCCUGCUGGUCCUCCUCCCGGCGCACCAGGCGCUCGCCACGGCGGCCGGCGACGCGCACCCGGGCUACGCGGGCGCGGAGGCCGACACCUGCGGGCCGUCGCUGGGCGGCUCUUCCUCCUCCUCUGCAGGCGCGGCGGUCCGGCGUCGUCAUGGCCCGGAGCUGGAGGAGUACGGCGGCGGACGCAUCAUAGACAUCACGCACGCGUACAUCCCGGGCAAGCCGGCGUACGCGCCGGGCGCGACCGUGGGCCCGGUGGUGCGGCUCAAGGAGUCCAUGGAGAACGGGUCAGAGUACAACCUGUCGGAGCUCCAUAUGGAGUGCCACACCGGCACCCACCUCGACGCGCCGGGGCACUUUAACCAGGCCCACUUCGCCGCCGGCCUCGACGUCGACACGCUAGACCUCGAAGUCCUCAACGGUCCUGCAUUACUGGUCGAUGUUCAGAGAGACACAAAUAUAACAGCUGAGGCAAUGGAAUCCCUAAAUAUACCAAAAGGUGUUCGUCGAGUUCUCUUCAGGACACUGAACACAGACAGGGGGCUCUCGUGGAAGGAAGGAGGUGAUAUGAGUUAUGUUGGAUUUACAGAGGAUGGUGCACAGUGGUUAGUUGACAACACCGACAUCAAGCUGGUUGGGCUUGACUAUCUAUCCGUUGCAUCACUUGAUCAUGCAGCUUCCGCCCAUAUCGUCUUUUUCAAAAAUGCGGAUAUCAUCUUAGUCGAAUUUCUGAAAUUAGACAACGUCAAGACUGGAAUAUACAUGCUGCACUGCUUACCUCUAAGAUUGGUUGGCUCUGAAGGGUCACCAGUCAGGUGCAUUCUUAUCAAGUGAUCACUCCGCUGCUCACCGCUGUUAUUCUUGAAGGCUGCAAUUGAUCAUGCCCGUUGAUGCUACAUAUAUACGAUGGCUAACAUCAUGGUGUAUGCUCCAUCUCUGUACAAUAAACACUGCAUGUGAUAUAAUUUGUUUUCCAGAAAUUUUUCAUGCAGUAUAUUAAUUUGUACUGUCGAUAAAGUAUUUCAAUUGGAAAAGAUUAUGUAGCAUUACUACAGAUAACUGGUGCAGCAGAAACAUAGUCUGUAAUGGCAGUUUGCUUGCUCCAGCGCUGUUGAGCUGCAACAAAAUUUUGAAGUACUACCAUUUUUUUAUGA